UUUGAUGCGCGUCUCUAUGAGGCCCAUAUUCCAUCGCCAUUGCCGACCUCUCAAUCCCUUCAAAUCCCACUUUCUCCUCUCCCUAACGCCUAGCCUACCAGACCCUUUCCUCUCUUUGUUUAUUUCAUCCCUUUGAAAUCGUUUCUUGGUUCCUGGUCGGAAACAAAACAACAGAGAGAGAACAUGGCGCAAAGAGCCGAGAAAGAAGAGACCGAGUUCAAGGUACCUGAAACCUUGACGCUAUGCAUCAACAACUGUGGGGUUACGGGGAAUCCAGCCACCAACAACAUGUGCCAAAAAUGUUUUAACGCCACAACAGCCACCUCCUCAUCCUCCACCAUCACCACCGCCGAUAAAUCCUCGAGAUCUACCUCGUCUCGUCCGCAGGAUAACCGAUCCGAUCCUGCUCCGGCUACAACAACGAAUGGUCGGACCACCGCAUCAAAUGGAUCAGGAAAUGAUCCUGCGGCGGAAAAGAAGGUGGUGAAUCGAUGUUCCUGUUCCGGUUGCAGAAAACGCGUGGGGUUGACAGGGUUCCGGUGUAGAUGUGGGGAGCUUUUCUGUGCCGAGCACCGGUACUCGGAUCGACACGAUUGCAGUUAUGACUACAAGACAGUGGGUCGCGAGGCCAUCGCUAGAGAAAAUCCCGUGGUUAAGGCAGCCAAGAUUAUCAGAGUUUGAUUUAUCAAAUUAAAUUAAAUAUUGGGUCAUUUUUUGACCUGAAAAUAUGAGCAAGUUGUGGAGACCUAUGCUCGAUCUCAUCAUCAAUCCUUGCGAAAGAUGACAUCUCAAGAGACCGUUUCAUAGAGAGAAAAGCUUCAAAAUCAAAACCUUCACAUUAAGAUUACCGGAUAUGAAGAAGAUAUUUUCUCUUGUGAUUGUUCAUGUUGGAUCAAUCUAUAGUGUUUCAUUUUUCUUGGGUUUUGUUUUUUAAUUGAGAAAUGAAAGAUUAUUGUGGCUUAUUUACAUUUGUGUUACCCUUCCCUCAGGAUUCAGAUCUGCCUUUUAGAUUGUUUGUUUGACAUUACAAGUUUGAUGAAGUUAUUGCCCAUUUUAAAGUUUGUUUAUAUUAGAAAUAAAUGUAAUAAUGGCGUGGAUUUGAGAUUCGGCACAAA